AUGCUUGUGCGCCGAAGAACCGAAUAUCCUCGUUCACGUCAACAGCAGCAGCGGCACCAACGGCGAUGCCAGCGACAGUUCCAGUCGAGAACUGCUUCGCCGAGGACUCCUCAACGCCUGGAUUGCUUAAUCCCACCGCAAAUAUGGCAAAUCAUGCUCCCUAAAUCCGGAUCAAGCGGUCCCAUUGAGCCUGGGAACCUGCAGGAUACGGCGUCUUGGUUGGCCCUUAAUCCAGAUUUCAACUAUACACUUGUUGGUGCGGAAGGCGCCCAAUUGCUCAUGCAGGAGAACACCCUUUACCACCCCCAAGCACAGAGAGCUUUUGAGGAGUUGCAGAAUGUGGGCAUGAAGUCUGAUCUACUACGCUAUAGUCUCCUCCAUACCCACGGUGGUGUCUAUACGGACACCGACACGGUGGCCAUCAAGGGAAUCAGGGAAUGGAUCCCUCCCUAUCUUCGAGAUCAAGUCCGGCUCGUCGUGGGUAUCGAAUUCGAUCGCCGUGAUGGCGGUAUGUGGGCUGAUAUCUCCCACUGGGUCCAAUUCUGUCAAUGGACAAUAGCCGCAGCCCCAGGUCACCCCGUUUUCGAGACCAUGGUGGCCCGCGUACUAAGCUCAGUGGCUGAGCUCACGAAUGGCACGGAUGGACAGAAAGCUGUGGCAGACCUUCACCCCUCGAGUUUCGAAGUUAUGAACUCGACUGGACCGGCAGCUUGGACCGACGUUGUCUUUGAGCAUCUGCAAGCCUUCGACCCAUCUCUGAACACAACGAAAGACCUCUCUUUCCUGAAGGAGCCGACACUAUUCGGUGAUAUCCUCGUCCUAACAAUUGACGGAUUUGGGAUGGGUCAGCCACAUUCGCAUAGCACGAAUGAUGGGAGUAUCCCGUCGGCGGCUUUGAUGCGUCACCUUUUCCGGGGCUCUUGGAGAGGGGACUAA